UUUCAUUCGCCAAAAACGGAUAACAGAUCUAUCUUGUGAUUGACAGAUUUACCCUACUCUAGGCGAGUAAGUAAUUGAGUAUUGAGUGGGAUCUCCUUUUCUUGACAACUACUUUCAGUUUCAAUUCAAUCUCAUUGAAGCAUAACGUGGUUGCGCAACUUCGCUAUGCUGUAAGAAGAUAUACAUCUUCCUCCUACCCCGAGAUCACCCACUUUUUUUUGGCUAAGACGACCCUACCCACUCAUGUGUUUUGUUCUGCGCCUCUUGCCAGAUCAACGGUAUUUCUGCGAUUUCAGCGCCCUCCUCCCAUUUUCUCACUUUCACGUUUUCUUCCACCUUAGUAGAAAGUGAAACAGACUGUCGAACCUGUUCUUUUCUCGGCGGCUUUGCCUCCUUGGUAUCUACUUUCCCAAAGAUUAUGCAAUCAUGUGAAAGGGAAAUCGGAAAGAAAACGAAGGGAAUUGCAUAGGGUUUUUUAAAAAAAUAUUUUGCAUUUGUUGUCCGAAAAUCGAUAAUUCAGAAAUUUCAGGCCUCAUACAAGUAAACAACUGGAAACCCUUGCCAUUCGAUCAAAUUACUGAAAAUUUAGAUGACACUGUGGAAAACCUCUUCAAAGAUAUAUCAUCACAUGUAGUGCUAAAAAUAUUGUCAAAACCAUCUACGGAUUCAAAUUCUGUGCAAUGUAUAAGUGAGGUGAAGAAUAAACUCCUGAAAGCUGCAGUAAACAAAAAUCCCAAUGUUUUAACAAAUGUGGAUAAUCAGCAGGUUAAGGAUGUCAUCAACACAAUCAUUGCCGGAGAUGAAACACUCUUGAAUUCCGAACAAAUUGGUGCAGUCAACGAAUGGCUUGAUACGCUGGAAACGAACGAGGAUCGUAGAAGCCCAACACAAGUACAAAGAUUCAACACUCUUUACGAAAUUCCACGUCUUGAUAAAUGGUUCAAAUCCGAUGCAAAUCCAUCUAAACAAAAAAUGAACAAUUACUUAAGCCAGCUCAAUCAGAGUCCGUUCAGAAAGAACAAUUCCAAGAUCAGCUAUCAACAGAUUUGCAAUUGGUUCACACAAAAACGCUCGAGUUCCCGUACCUUAGCUCCAGUAGACCUAGUGCAGGUCUCGUCAGCUCAGACAGCGGCGCAGCUGCUCCCGGGAUUCCAACUCAACUUGCUCCAGUCCCUGUUUGGAGAACAACGUCAAAAAUUUGAUUUUUACGACAAACUGGAUGAAACCAAGAUUGUCGGCGGCUCCGACUCGCCAUCUCCAGCCGAUGAUGAGAUUCAUAGCAAUUCAGAUGAAACUAUUCAAGAUACUUUGUUUUCCAUCAAUAUUAAACCAGAACCGGAAAUUGAUUCAAUUGCAUCCUCCCCGGAUAUGGCAAACUCAAUGCGCGAAUCAUUGUCCUCGACCUCCCCAAAGCUUCUCAGCGGGCUCGACCUCGGAGCAUUCAGCACCCACUCAUCAUCCACCAACUCCAUGCAAAACGCCAACUCAUCAGUGUUUUCAGCGGCUCGCUCACGCCUGAUGUUCGACCCACUCACCGAGCUACCCGUCCUCGAAAAAUGGUUCGAAGAGAAUCCUCACCCGACAUGGAUGCAAAUCGAUCAGUACACACAAUGCUUGAACAACUGCGCUUAUCGAGAGAAUUAUCCGCAUAUUAGUCAGCACAAUGUGAAGAUCUGGUUCAAAAAUCGACGUGCAAAAUGCAAGCGAUUGUUGAAUGGAAUGCAGGAAAAGCUUGAGCAGAAGGUUUUCGUAUAAAAUUAAAAUUUCCAACUUUUUUCAAAAUCUUAUUAUCUUUAAUUUCGAAAGAACAUUAAGUUUUUCACAUCAAUAGUUCCUUCUUUAACCGUCAUACUGGUGUACCCCUUGAAUUCCUGAUCUUCAGUGCCCCACAAUUUCUCUUCAACGAAGAGCAAAAUCACUACUUCAUUUUUCAUUCCAGCUGUGAUUUUUGUCUGUAAGCUACACCUAAUCGCUAGCUGUAUAUCUCGACGCAUCUUUCGUUCUGCAAAACUUCUAGUCGCUUCUUGUCUUGUUUAACCUUGAUGGGAAAUUAAGCCGGCUUUAAUUUCCUUCUUUCUUUCAAUCAACAAUUUCCCAUCGCUUUCUUUGUCUCUUUCAAUGUUCCACAGAUCACAUAGUUUUAAUGGUUUUUCAAUGUUUCCCUUCUUACCGUCACACUACUUUCCAAUAUUAUUCAUCUUAAUUUUAUGUCUACCACUUCCAAUAUCAAUCUUGCCCACCGUUUUCUCAAUUUUUUUUGUCAAAUUUAAACUUUUCUCUGCUUUUCAGUUGUGCUUCAGCCCUUUAUAUGCCAAAAACUUUUAUUCAGAAUUUUGACAUACAACCACGUUUAUUUCUUUUUAUUUGAAUGUUUUGAGAAAUAAAGUUUUUUUU